AGCUCUCCGGUCUGCCCUGUGCGCGUCCGGGCGUCCGCAUUCCAGAGCAUUGUAGUUCUACACCAAUGUCAUGUCUUAUUAACGUGAUAACAGCGUUUGGGACUAUAUCUUAGAACAAGGGAGUAAACACGAAGGAAUGGACGAAGAGGGAUUCUGGACCCGUUACAUAUAGCGGGUUUUUGGCAGGAUGAGACACCCCAUGCUCCGGGCAGUUUUUGACGCUCCUGGCUUUGACAAGUUUGGAAAUCCGAUAGGAGGCAGCACCAUGUGCCGCUGAGAACUCACAGCUAAAAAUAAUCCGCUUCCAUUAUACUCCGUCUGAUCACACUCUCUAAAAACCCGGCUCCAGGAAUGAAGCUGAGUCCAUAACCAUACUUUGCCGAGCGUUUGUGUUAACUGAGAUUUGGUCCUUUCUGCCGGUCUGGCCCAAGAUUUUCUCAGUAUCGAUCCGGCACCAUGGCCUUCUGCGGAAGUGACCAGAAGAACUCCUACAGCGUGGAGGGCGGCGUCCUGAACAACGGCUGCUUCGUGGAUGCUCUCAAUCUGGUCCCCCACGUCUUCCUCCUCUUCAUCACCUUCCCCAUCCUCUUCAUCGGCUGGGGAAGCCAGAGCUCCAAGGUUCAGAUCCACCACAACACCUGGCUCCACUUCCCCGGGCACAACCUUCGCUGGAUCCUCACCUUCGCCCUCCUCUUCGUGCACGUGUGCGAGAUCGCCGAGGGCGUCGACUCCAACAAGCGAAUGGUCAGCAACCACCUUCACCUGUUCCUCCCGGCAGUCAUUGGGUUCAUAGCGGCUACUACGUCCCUGGUGUAUUACCACAACAUCGAAACCUCCAACUUCCCCAAAUUAUUACUUGCAUUGUUCGUUUACUGGGUCUUGGCCUUCGUCACGAAGACCAUCAAGCUGGUGAAGUACGCGCAGAACAGCGUGGGGAUCGAGCACCUUCGCUUCUGCAUCACGGCCCUGCUGGUCCUGCUGUACGGCCUGCUGAUGGCGGUGGAGAUCAACGUCAUCAGAGUGAGGAGGUACGUCUUCUUCGCCAACCCCCAGAAGGUGAAGCCCCCGGAGGACCUGCAGGACCUGGGCGUGCGCUUCCUCCAGCCGUUCGUCAACCUGCUCUCCAAGGCCACCUACUGGUGGAUGAACCCCCUGAUCAUCGGCGCCCACAAGCGGCCCAUCGAGCUGAAGAGGAUCGGGAAGCUGCCCAUAGCCAUGCGGGCGCUCACCAACUACCUGCGGCUGAAGGACGCCUACGAGGAGCAGAGGACGGCGGACGACCCGGAGAAGGCCCCCUCCAUCUGGAAGUCCAUGUACCGAGCCUUCGGGCGGCCCAUUCUCCUCAGCAGCACCUUCCGCUACCUGGCCGACCUGCUGGGCUUCGCCGGGCCACUCUGCAUCUCCGGCAUCGUCAAGCACCUGGACAGCACCAACCAGACCGACGCCACAAACCGGACCGCGCCCCAGGCCAUGCAUUUUGGGGUCUACUUCCUGUCCUCACACGAGCUUCUCGAGGGAACCUAUGUCCUGGCGGUCCUGCUGUUCCUGGCCUUGAUACUCCAGCGGACGUUCCUGCAGGCCUCCUACUACGUCACCAUAGAGACGGGGAUCAACCUACGGGGGGCGCUGUUGGCUAUGAUCUACAACAAGAUCCUUCGCCUGUCCACAUCCAACAUGUCCAUGGGCGAGAUGACUCUGGGACAGAUCAACAACCUGGUUGCCAUAGAGACCAACCAGCUGAUGUGGUUCCUCUUCCUCUGCCCGAACCUAUGGGCCAUGCCAGUCCAGAUCAUCAUGGGUGUGAUCCUGCUGUACUACCUGCUGGGGCACAGCGCCCUGGUCGGGGCGGCCGUCAUCGUGCUGCUCGCCCCGGUGCAGUACUUCAUCGCCACCAAGCUGGCCGACGCGCAGAAGAGCACGCUGGACCACUCCACGGAUCGGCUGAAGACGACCACGGAGAUCCUGAGGGGCAUCAAGCUGCUGAAGCUGUACGCCUGGGAGAACAUCUUCUGCAACAGCGUGGAGGAGACCAGGAGCAAGGAGCUCACCAGCCUGAAGACCUUCGCUCUCUACACCUCCAUGUCCAUUUUCAUGAAUGCCGCCAUCCCCAUAGCUGCGGUGUUAGCGACGUUCGUGACCCACGCGUACAUCAGCCAUUCCAAACUCACACCGGCCGAGGCCUUCGCAUCCCUGGCACUCUUCCACAUCCUGGUCACCCCCCUCUUCCUCCUCUCCACCGUGGUCCGGUUCGCCGUCAAGGCCUUGGUCAGCGUGCAGAAGCUGGGCGAAUUUCUCCAGAGUGACGAGAUUGGAGAUGACAGCUGGAGAAAUGGAGAUAUGCCCGUGUCACUGGAACCCUGCAGGAAGCAUUCUGGGGGCACCAAAGCCAUAAACAGGAAGCAGCCCGUGUGCUACCAGAUGGACAGCUACGAGCAGCCGGCCCGCAGGCCACCGCGGCCCAACGAGACCGAGGACAUCGCAGUCAAGGUGAGCAAUGGAUUCUUCACGUGGGGGAGCAACUUGUCGACGCUGUCUGACAUCAGCAUUCAAAUUCCCACAGGUCAGCUGACCAUGAUCGUGGGGCAGGUGGGCUGUGGGAAGUCCUCUCUCCUGCUGGCCAUGCUGGGGGAGAUGCAGACCAUCAGCGGGAAGGUGCACUGGAGCAAUAAGAACAGGUUCUCUGUGGCCUACGCUACCCAGAAGUCCUGGCUGCUGAACGCCACCGUGGAGGACAACAUCACCUUUGGGAGCCCGUUCAACAAGCAGAGAUACAAGGUCGUCAUAGACGCCUGCUCCCUCCAGCCCGACAUCGACCUCCUCCCCUUCGGGGACCAGACCGAAAUCGGAGAGAGGGGGAUCAACCUCAGCGGGGGCCAAAGGCAGAGGAUCUGCGUGGCCCGAGCGCUCUACCAGAACACCAACAUCGUCUUCCUGGACGACCCUUUCUCCGCCCUGGACAUCCACCUGAGCGACCACCUGAUGCAGGAGGGUAUCCUAAAGUUCCUCCAGGACGACAAGAGGACAGUGGUGCUGGUGACCCACAAGCUGCAGUACCUAAUCCAUGCAGACUGGAUCAUCGCCAUGAAGGACGGAUCGGUGCUGAGGGAGGGGACCCUGAAGGACAUCCAGAACCACGACGUGGAGCUGUACGAGCACUGGAAGACCCUCAUGAACCGGCAGGACUCUGAGCUGGAGAAGGACACUGAGCCGGACAGCCAGACCGUGCUGGAGAGGAAGACUCUGAGAAGAGCCUUCUAUUCCAGGGAGGCUAAAAACCAGAUUGAUGAUGAAGAUGAAGAGGAGGAAGAGGAGGACGACGAAGACGACUCCCUGUCCACCACCACCAGCAGGCGGUCGAAGAUCCCGUGGAAGGUGUGCUGGUGCUACCUCUCCUCCGGCGGCUUCCUGCUGGGCGCCAUGAUGAUCUCGUCCAAGCUGCUCAAGCACUCCGUCAUGGUCGCCAUCGACUACUGGCUGGCGGCCUGGACCUCAGAAGCGGCGAACGGGACGGUCAGCUCCACGCCCAAGUCCUACGUGCCGGUGUUCAGCGCCCUGUGCACGGCGGGCAUCGUCCUGUGCCUCAUCACCUCCCUCAGCGUUGAGCUGAUGGGACUGUCGGCAGCCACCAGCCUCCACCACAACCUGCUCAACAAAAUCAUCCACGCCCCUAUCAGAUUCUUUGACGUCACCCCCCUUGGGCAAAUUCUGAAUCGCUUCUCCGCAGACACCAACAUCAUCGAUCAGCACAUUCCCCCGACCCUGGAGUCCCUGACCCGCUCCACGCUGCUCUGCCUGUCCGCCCUGGGGGUCAUCGCCUUCGUCACCCCCACCUUCCUCAUCGCCCUGGUGCCCCUCAUCGUGGCCUUCUACUUCAUCCAGAAGUACUUCCGGGUGGCUUCAAAGGACCUGCAGGACCUGGACGACUCCACCCAGCUGCCGCUCCUGUGCCACUUCUCCGAGACGGCCGAGGGGCUCACCACCAUCCGGGCUUUCAAACAUGAGGCUCGUUUCAAGCAGAGAAUGCUGGAGCUGACCGACACCAACAACACAGCGUACCUGUUCCUCUCUGCUGCCAACCGCUGGCUGGAGGUCAGAACGGACUACCUGGGGUCGGUGAUCGUGCUGACGGCCGCCGUCGCCUUCAUCGCGGGCUUCGGGCAGAGGCUGAGCUCGGGCCUGGUGGGCCUGGGCCUGACCUACGCUCUCACCGUGACAAACUACCUGAACUGGGUGGUGAGGAACCUGGCUGACCUGGAAGUCCAGAUGGCGGCCGUGAAGAAGGUCAACAGCUUCCUGAGCACCGAGUCGGAGAACUACGAGGGCUCGAUGGAUGCGUCCCAGGUGCCGGAGGACUGGCCCCAGCACGGGGAGAUAAAGAUCCAGGACCUGAGCGUGAGGUACGAUCCCAUGUUGAAGCCGGUCCUGAAGCACGUCAACGCCUACAUCGUCCCCGGACAGAAGGUGGGCAUCUGCGGACGCACAGGCAGUGGAAAAUCCUCUCUCUCUCUGGCCUUCUUCAACAUGGUGGACAUGUUCGAAGGAAAGAUCGUCAUCGACGGGAUCGACAUCUGCAAGCUGCCGCUGCAGACGCUGCGCUCGCGCCUCUCCAUCAUCCUGCAGGACCCCAUCCUCUUCAGCGGCUCCAUCCGGUUCAACCUGGACCCGGAGUGCAGCUGUACGGACGAGGGCCUGUGGGAGGCGCUGGAGAUCGCGCAGCUGAAGAACAUGGUGAAGGCUCUGCCUGGAGGGCUCGAUGCGGUGGUGACGGAGGGGGGAGAGAACUUCAGCGUGGGCCAGCGCCAGCUCUUCUGCCUGGCUCGAGCCUUCGUCCGCAAGAGCAGCAUCCUCAUCAUGGACGAGGCCACCGCCUCCAUCGACAUGGCAACUGAGAACAUUCUACAGAAGGUCGUCAUGACGGCGUUCGCGGAUCGCACGGUCGUGACCAUCGCCCAUCGAGUCCACACCAUCCUGACCGCUGACCUGGUGAUUGUGAUGAAGCGUGGGAACAUCCUGGAAUACGACAAGCCGGAGACCCUGCUGGAGCAGGAGGACGGCGUGUUCGCCUCCUUCGUCAGGGCCGACAUGUAGACCCCCCAACCCCCUAACCCAUCCCCCCCCCCACCCCCUCCGGCCCGUCCGUCUCCCGGCUCCAGGGUGCGCCAGACGUCUCCAGCCUCCUGCUCUCUCUACGCGCCGAUGGCCGAACCGAAAGCGAAGCUGUUCGCAACUCACGCGACCCCGAGAAAGCCAAAAAAAAAAAACCUCUGUGCUCGACUCAGAGACACUAACUGAGCCAUCUAUCCGGUGAAGGAACACGGACAUUUUAUAUUGAAAGUAUAACUUCAAAGGUCUUUAAUUUCUUUUUUUUGUUUGUUUUGUUUAUCAUAUCUAUGUUAUCGUCAUGCGCUGGCUAAAUAGCCUAUAAUUUAUCCGAUGUAAUAAGCAAGUGUCUAGGUAGACUGGGACAAUCGCCGUAUGAGAUUGCUGGAACCGUGGGCUACGCAGACUGACCUGGAAAGCGUCUGUUUAUCUGUCUGGCGGACGCGCAGGGCUCGCUGUAAUCACGAGGGACGGAGCGUUUGCGUACGCCGCGGUUCCCCGAGAUAGGAGCACGCGCCGACGUCCGCUUAAUCGCCCGACGGGAAGCCAAGCCAGCCGACGGGAUUUUUUUUAACGGCCUUCGCCGAAGAAACCGGACGCAUCGGCUGCCAAAGUCUCAGGCCGAUUCGGGCCACGUUCAGACCGUUCGCGAUUAUCUAAACGCGCGUCUCAUUUUAAAUCAGUUACGAAACAAAAAAGGGUUUCACUCACUCGCGAUUUAUUAACGGCAAAAAAAACCAAAAAAAAAAACGUAAAUCGAUAUUAUCAAAAUAUCGGUCACCCGCGUUCGAUUAGGAUUCGGGGUUCGAUUCUCAGUGGAAGUGAUUCACGUGUGGGAGCGCAGAUCGGAUGUCUUCGCAAUAGUGUCCUCCCCGCUCCCCCCUCCCCCCUCCCCCCCCCAACAUCGCAUCUUUUUUUGCACGUGUCUGACAUAUCUGAACCCACAGGGCCUCAGUCCAUGAACUGUCCGACAAAAACAGGCCGGCAGAUCUGGGUCAGAUACGUGACGGUCCAAACGCAGCUCUCAGACCUGAAGGGGAUGUUUCGUGACCUUUCACCUCGACGCGGACUCUGAGAGAGUCACACGGGUAAAUUCACUCUGCCCUUACAGUAACUGAAUAUGGCUACAACACCACCAUAACACAUCAAAAAGUUUCUAUGCCUGCCCGGUGCUUGUGUAGUCUUUGUGCCAAUGAGCACAGAACUUAACACUGUAAAGCUUUUAAGUUCCGCACUCGAAGGUAAAACAUAAAAAUGGAGAAGAUAAAAAUCUGUCCAGAAGAGACAGAACGGUUAACUUCCUGUGGUGUCAUACUGAUGUGAGGCGGGGAGGGGGGGAGCUGGACCUGCUGUUAUUUCUCAAAUGUCUUGACAGCUCUGGCGAUUUCCAGUCGAGUGCUAGGCACCGGCUAACAAGGAUGAGUUCUGCCCCCCCCCCGCCCCCCUGCCCCCCUGCCCCCGUUCCCCUGCCCCCUGCCCCCCGUCUCUAAAUGAACUGGGGUUUUUUUUUCUCCAAUCCAUCAGGGAUGAGGAAAGCCAGUUUGAGACUGUGUGCGCGCGUGAGGGCCGACCUCCUCUCCGAGUCAGGCGCGCGGCUCGCGUACGUCGGGUUUGGAUUUUUGCCUUUAUAAGGUCGCGAAUCCCCCGGGGUCGGGCUCCGUCCCUCCCGCUCCAGCGAGCCGCCCGUUUACGGACGGGGGGCACCGGCGCCGUCCCCGACCCGUCCAAAAAGCCCGGGCCCGCCUCCCUCGGAGGAACCCUCCAGUGGGCGAGAGCAUCGAGAUCGACCCCGCCGCUAAUACAAAAUGCCACUGGGGCUCCUGAAAAUCAUCUACUCGCUAGUUCUGUUUGCAAGACAGUGUAGACAGCCUGUCGGCGGGGAACCUUGCCAUUGCUGGUAGAUUUGAAAUAUGUCCUCUUAAUAUGCGUGGGCGCCAGGAGUGUGCGCAACACACUUAUUACAUUAUAACCACAGGAAUUAUUCUUGCUUUCUCCUCCAAUGUAUUCUUUUUUUUGUCAUUUUCUUUUGACUCUCACAAUACUCUGACAACUAUGCAAACUUUGGCAAUCUGUUGGCUACUGCAAAAAAAAAAAAACCACAUCUUGGCAAUGAAAGUGUUAAAAACGGGAGCGAAAGCUGAAUUGUCAAAAUGGUUCCUGUCUGUUGAUGGAAGAAAGGGCAGCUGUUGAAAAAGCUUCUGCGGCUUUAAUUCGGACGAGGGUGGCAGUGGCACUGUACACUCCGUACAGCAGAAACACCUACAACCUCAGCAUUGUUCUCGUGUGAGAGCACAGAACACAGUUAGACUGCCACUUUAGUCUGGGUUUUUUUUUUUCUUGACUUAAAUUGAACUGUACGUGUCUUAACUGUAAAUAUGUAAUUACUCCGUGUGACCUUUUUGAACAAAGCAUUUAUCUGAACAAUAUCCUGCGUGCCUCCUUUUUACACUUCAUAAUAAAAAAUUGCUGUGGGUCAAUA